AUGGCCGCCUCCACCCUGUCCGUCUGCUCCAGUGACCUGAGCUAUGGCAACCACUCAGUGGACGACUGUCCAGAGAGCUGCUGUGAGCCCUCCUGCUGCGCCUCCAGCUGCUGCCAGCCCACCUGCUGUGUCCCCAGCUGCUGCCAGCCCUCCUGCUGUGUCCCCAGCUGCUGCCAACCCACCUGCUGUGUCCCCAGCUGCUGCCAGCCCUCCUGCUGUGUCCCCAGCUGCUGCCAGCCAACGUGCUGUGUCCCCAGCUGCUGCCAGCCCACUUGCUGCGUGUCUGUCUGCUGCAAGCCCAUGUGCUGCAUGCCCAUCUGCUCUGAGGCCAGCCCCUGCUCAACCUCCUCAUGCUGCCAGCCCACCUCCUGCACCUCGUCCUGCUGCAGGCCCUCCUCCUGCAUGUCCCUCAUCUGCCGCCCCGUGUGCAGGCCUGCCUGCUGUGUGCCCACCUCCUCCUGCUGUGGCACCACCUCCUCCUGCCAGCCCAGCUGCUGCCGCCCAUCCUCCUGCAUGUCCCUGCUCUGCCGCCCCGUGUGCUCCCGCCCAGCCUGCUGUGUCCCCUCCUCGGGCCAGUCGUCCUGCUGCUGAGCAGGCAUGUCCCCCAGGGCCAGCCGGGCUCAGGUCUCACCCUGUGACUGUGGACCUCCCAGCCACCCCUCAGUCUGGUCCUGACCUGUGUUAGAUGGCUGUCUCUACUCAGGAUGGGGUCCCUCAGAUUCCAUUGUUCUGAGCU